CACUACGAUUAUAUUGUGGUUGGUGGUGGUCCGGUUGGACUUUCCACAGCACAUAAUCUUGGGAAAGCGGGUAAAAAAGUGUUGGUCUUGGAGCAGUUCAUGUACUUUAACCAGGCAGGAAGUUCAGGAGAUUUUGUCCGAAUGUUUCGCACGAUGUACAGCGAUGAGAAUUUGUGCAAGUUGGCCAUCAAGACUAAGGACUUGUGGGCAGAAUUAGAGACGGAAGCUCAAGUGCAACUUAUUGAAAUGACUGGGUUGCUAAACUUUGGCGAUCCAGAUUAUAAAGAUGGUCCUGAGGGCAACCUGACAAAGCCAAUCGAAAUCAUGACUAAACUCGGAAUGAGUUUUCGCAAAUUAUCACGAGAGGAGAUUAUGAAAGAAUACCAUUUUCGGAAUCUCCCUUCUAACUUUAUAGGCGUUUUUGCCAAAGACAAUGGAGUCAUUAACGUGUUUCUGACUGUACGUGCAUUAUAUGCUCUCGCAAAAAAAUACGGCGUAGAACUUAGGGAGAAUGAAAAGGUAACAAGCAUUAAAUGUACGGAUUGUGGCGUUAAUGUCAUGGCCGCAAGAAAGAAUGUGAUUACCGGAGAGCAGGAUCAAAAAUCUUAUAGUGCAAAGAAAGUUAUUAUCACAGCUGGUGCAUACGUCAACGAUGUAAUCAAGUCUCUCAAUUUCCAAAUUCAACUCAGCAUUUGGGAGAUGGUUUCCAUGUAUUUUACGAUGGAUGCGAUGAUGAAUCCUCCGGUGCAGUACCCAUCAAUGUGGUUUCAAUUUCAGGAUGGUUGCCCACCAAACCUUUUUUACGGAUUUCCAUCUGUUUCUUGGGGCCCACAAAACCAAACUCGUAUUGCCAUGGACUGGGCAUCGCGCAUUAUCAAGGAUCCAUCAGAACGGCAAACUUGUGUUUCGGAAUAUGAACUCCGUGUUACUUCAGCUUGGGUUGAGAACCACUGUAUUGGCGUGCAAAACCGUCCAGUAUUCCAGGGUACCUGCCUGAUGGCCAAUGUACAUGACAACAAUUUUGUUCUUGAUUUCGCACCGGAAGGUGUUCUAGGACCUGCACAUAAGAACGUUAUUAUAUUUACUGCCGGUUGGGCUUUCAAAUUUGUCCCAAUGCUUGGAAAAUGCCUUAGCCAAUUGGCUAUUGAUGGUCAAACAGAAUUCAAUAUUGAUGAAUAUAGUAUCAACCGACCUGGAAUUCUAGGUUUUAUUAUAUCCAGGUUUUCUUUUUAUAAGGAAGUCCUAUUCAAUAGGGAUUUGGAAAGAGAUAUACGUUUCUAUCGUGGUGGAAUAGAAAGGAAGGAAGAUACUAGAAAAUAUCAUAAAUUUUUAACGGAUCGGGAUAGGCUAAUUGGAGAAGAGUUAUUGCGUCGCAGUAUACUAAAAAGUGGUUUAAGCACUGCGUGGCUCGAUGAUCUUAUGGAAGAAUGGGAAAAAGUCCAUACUCAAACAUAA